CAUAAAACAAAAAGAGAGUAGAGAAAAGGAAGCGAUGGCAGAGGCACUUGUCCAGCCCGCAAAACAGAGGUAUGCUUUGGUGACAGGAGCAAACAAAGGAAUUGGAUUCCAAAUUUGCAAGCAGUUAGCAUCCAAAGGAAUGGUUGUGAUUUUAGCAUCAAGAGAUGAAAAGAGAGGCAUUGAAGCUCAACAAAAGCUUAAACAAUCCCAUAAUAAUGUUGUUUUUCAUCAACUGGAUGUCGUUGAUCCUGCUAGCGUUGCCGCUAUUUUUGAGUUCAUCAAAUCGAGAUUCGGAAGGCUUGACAUUCUGGUGAAUAAUGCAGGAAUUCUUGGAGCAGAUGUGGAAGGAGAUGUUUCUGCGCUUGAAGAGUACAUCAAUGACGAUGUCAAGAUAGUGUUAGCUAAUGGAAAGCCACAACCAUUUCACCCGAAAGCAAAUGGAAAACUUGUGGAGACAUUAAAGGGCGCAGAAGAAUGCAUAGAGACAAACUACUAUGGUGCAAAGAGAGUAACAGAAGCCCUCAUUCCUCUGCUGCAACUCUCUCAUUCACCAACAAUUGUCAAUGUCUCAUCCACUUUAGGGAGUUUAGUGCUUCAAACAAAUGAAUGGGCAAAAGAAGUGUUUAACAGCAAAGACAGCCUAACAGAAGAGAGAGUAGAUGAAGUUGUGCAGCAAUUUCUCAACAGCUUCAAAGAGGGGAAACUGGAAGAGAAUCAAUGGCCCUCUCACUUUGCAGCAUACAAAGUGUCGAAGGAAGCUCUCAACGCGUGUACUUGGCUUGCAGCGAAGAAAUACCCCCGUUUCUGCAUCAAUUCUGUGUGUCCUGGUUUUACUAGAACAACUAUUACCUUCAAUCAUGGUCUAUUAAGUGAAGCCGAAGCUGCUGAAGCUCCGGUGAAGCUAGCGUUGCUGGCUCAUGGAGGGCCGUCGGGCUCUUUCUUCCUAAGAGAUGAAGCAUUGUCUUUGUAAUGGACAAUCACUCCGAUUAAUAUUCUUGUUAGGGUGCGUUUACUCUAAUGGAAAA